UCAUAACCAACUGGUGAUAGACAACAUCACAUGAAGUUUCACAUGGUUUUGCUUACUCUGUCAAAGUAUUCAGUCCAUCAAUUUGUUGAACAACAACACUAGGCCCUACUGCUUCUCAGAUUAGGAACAUAAAGACCCCCUUAAAAUAAAAGCCACAAGAGUGGAUGAAGUUUAUGACUAACUGACUAUCACAUGGUAUUGCCUUCUAACUCCUUAACAAGAACUUAGAAUUUUAGGCCGUAUUUGUGGAAUAACAGCAGGUUUCUCAUACUCCUAUUAACCUAAUCUAUUCCUACUGAGUACCUCCUCUAAAACUCGGCUUUAAUGCAUUUGUUUUUAUAGCACAAAUAGCGAAGAUGACAAUUCAAAGGUUCCCUAUCUACAUGACCAAGAAGGGAGAAGCACAUGGUUUUCCUUCUAACCUGCAAUUGCUCAUUUAAUGGUUUCAAAUUAUUGGCAUUGGUGAGAAGCACCAAGUAUGAUCAAAGUAAAAAAAAUAGAAGGAAGAAACUUAGCUUCAUCCACAAAUUUAAGGCCCCAUAUCAACAUAGCCAAUAGACAUCAGCACAUGGCUUUGCCUUUGGUUGUUAGUAGCAAAACUUCAGCUCCAACUACAAAGCCUGUCUACAACCUCUUGUAUAAAUAACCCCCUUUUCUACGGACAUUUUUCAUCAUCAAGUCAAAGCAUUAUCUAUUCAGCCGUCAAAAGGUUCUAAAUUUCUAGUUUACUUUCUUGUUUCCAAACUUUCAAGAAAAAGAAAAAUGGAAAGGAAGAGAAUGGUCAGUACUAAGAAGCUCAUCAAAAUGGCAAGGAAAUGGCAAAAGUUCGCGGUCAAGCAGAGGAAGCGGAUUUCAUUUCCAAGAAAUGGCAGUGAUAUAGACAGUUGUAGUACAUCCUCACCCUCUAUUGUUGAAAAGGGUCAUUUUGUAGUAUAUACAGCUGAUCAAGCUCGGUUUGUCAUUCCCUUGGCUUAUCUUGAAAAUGAGGUCAUUAGGCAACUCUUGAGCAUGUCUGAGGAAGAGUUUGGACUACCAAGUGGUGGCCCUAUUACAUUACCCUGUGAUUCGGCGUUCAUGGACUACAUCAUGUCACUGAUCAAGAAAGGUGUAACUGCUGGAGAUCUUCACAAAGCAUUGCUCCUCUCAAUUCCUUCAUGUUGCUGUUCAACUUCUUCCUUUCACCAAGAAAGUGGAAAUCAACAGAUUCUUGUUUAUUGAGACAUGAAACGGAUAUAUUUUGUAAAUGAUAGCUCAAAACAGAUUGUAUAGCAGAUGAAAAAUAGGCAACUGAAAGUUGUAUUAUUACAGAUGGAAUAGAGGUUUAACAUUCU